CUUGCCGAUGAGAGCAUUGCACGCAUCUGCGUCCAAGUGCGGGCAUCGGUAAUAGAGGCACCGGCAGUGCAGCAUUGACUUGCCCAGCGUCUGUCGGCGAGCCGUGGCAACAGGAUAGCCAACAAAAGCAUGGCUGCCAGCAGCAUCGCACUCCUGCUGCUCUCCACGACCGCUGCAGCCGCCUACACGCCGAGGCGACGCGUCCAGCCGCCGAAAGCGCUGCUGCGGACCGUCCGGGGCGGCAGCAGUGCCCAGGACACUGCGUCGGCACCGCCGCCCGCGGCCGUCCACCCGACGUGGGCGCCGCUGGCGCCGCUCGCGAUCGGCGCGGCGACGGCGGGCCUCGGCGCCGCGUACGCCGCGGCGCUCCGGGCGUCGCUGCGCGUGGUCUGGCGCGGCCUGCCCGCUCAGCGCUGGCUCGUGCCGGCCAUCACGACGGCCGGUGGCGUCGCCGUCGGCGGCGUCGCCAUCGCGGGCGGUGGAUUUUUCGGCGUUGGUAACUACGUCGCGGCGGCGCGCGGCGCGGCGCCCUGGCCCCGCGCGCGCGCCGCCGUCGGCCCGCUGCUCGCGGCGUCGCUGCUGACGACCGCGGCGGGCCUCAGCGUCGGGCCCGAGGCGCCCAUGGUCGCCGCGGGCGCCGUCUGCGGCGCGGCGCUCGCGCGGCGCUACCGGCUCGACGAGCGCGAGGCCGCGUUCGCCGGCGCGGCCGGCGCGCUGACGGCGUUUCUCGGGUUUCCGAUCGCGGGCGCCGUCUUCGUCCACGAGCUCGCGACGCCGGGCGCCGACAUGGCCGCAGGCCUGGCGCCGACGGCGCUGGCGACCAUCGGCGCGGCCCUCGCCGGCUGGCUCCUCAAGGGCGGCACCAUUGGGGGCCAUUUCCGCUGGGGCGCCGUCCAGCCGCUCAGCGCGCGCGCAUAUGUCCUCGCGUGCGGCGUGGGUGUAGUCGGCGCGCUCGUCGGCGGCGCCUUCGUCGCGGCCUGCGACGCGGUCCGCGCGCGCUCGGUGCCGCCGUCGCGGCGGCGCGAGGUCUUGGUCCGCGCCGGGGCGGGGCUCGGCGCGGGCCUCCUCGCGCUGCGGUAUCCGCAGUCCCUGUUCUGGGGCGAGCAGUCGCUCCAGACGGCCAUCAACGGCGUCUCGGCGCCGGAGGCGCUGCUCUACCCGGUCGCGCUCCAGGGCCCGCGGGCGGCUGCACCCUUCGGCCUGGGGCUCGGCGCCGCGAAGCUCGCUGCGAUCGCCCUGGCCGCCGGCGCCGGCUGCCCCGGCGGCGUGAUCUUUCCGCUCUUCUUCGCCGCGGGUGCCCUCGCCCACGGCGCGAUCGCCGCCGUGCAUCUGCCGGCGGCGACCGUCGCGCUGCUGAUGGCCGCGGUCCAGGCAUCGGUCACGCGGACGCCGCUGUCGACGGCGCUCAUGCUGGCCUUCUCCGGAAACCUCGGCGCAACGCUCACGCCGCUCUGCGCCGUCAGCGCCUAUUCCGCGGUCGCCACGGCGCGCGCGUUGGCGCUACCGACGCUUCUAUGCUAUCCAUCCUAA